UGUAGCUUCUGCAAUUUACGUUAUACUAAGAUGUUUCUCUUUAGGUUUUAGAAAUGACUGUCAAUCAUUCUGCUAUUUCAUUACAAUGGAUGAUUCCCCAGUUUGGGCAGUAGGAGACAAAUGUUUAUCCCCAUACUCAGGCGAUGGGAAGCUCUAUUCAGGAAAGAUAAGUACUCUCAAACGUUCGGCUGCAGGUAUCUUUGCUACGGUUAGAUUUGAUGGCUAUGGGGAAGAUGAUAGUGAAGAUGUAGAUGUGAAGAAAUUGAAAUUGGUUCCAGAGAAGCAUUUGGAUAAAGAGAAAUUACCAAAAAGGGACACCAGUGGAGGUCUGUUUAGCCCAUUGCAAGGGGGACAACCCAGUAACCCACAACAUGGCCGCUAUGAUUCUGAUGAUGAGGAGGAUUGUCUGCUCUUGUUGAAGACUGAAAGGCUUUCAGGAAUUAUUUUGGAAGAUAAACUAAAUAAAUCAGUGACACCUAGUUCUCAUAACAGGAAAACAGCUAAGAAGAACUGUCAUGAUGAUGAUGAUCACCGUAACAAUGACAGGGAGAUCAGGACCCCACGCCGAAGAAAACCCAAACUGGAGAUUCUUGGUGGUCAGGCAAAAUACCCUGAACAAGAGUUAAGAUCAUCUCGAAAGUUGUCGGAUCUGUCGUCAAACUUGGAGGAGAGAGCUGUGAAGAAAGCCCUGACCAGUCCAACAUCUGACAACACCACACAAGAGACAGACACUACCAAUGAGAAUGAGAGUGACAUUACUGAUAAGUUUGCUGGAUUUGAUGAUGAUGACCUUACAAAGCCCAAGUUUUCUUAUCAGCCUGAGUCAGCGAAGAUUGCAAUGUUAUUGUCCCAGGAGGGUGAAUCACCUGUGGUGGAGGUACCGGCCAAUUUGAAUCAGUUCCUGCGUGAUUACCAGCGUGAGGGUAUCAGAUUCCUGUAUGAUCACUUCAAGCAGAACAGAGGGGCCAUACUGGGGGAUGACAUGGGGCUGGGCAAAACAAUACAGGUGAUUGGCUUCAUAUCAGCCCUAUUGGGGAAGAAAGGGGACAAGUGUGACGUGUUGCGGCAAAAGCCCCGCUUCAUCAGGGAGCUCUCGGAUACGGUGUACCAGGCUGGCCCCUAUUCAGGCCCCUUUCUUAUCAUAGGGCCAGGCUGUGUGCUGUACAACUGGCUGGAGGAGCUGGACACAUGGGGCCACUUCUCUGUCAGGAAGUUCCAUGGGUCUGACAAAGAUGACUGCUUGAGGGAGGUGAGGCGUGGUAAGGUGGAGAUUGUGGUCACAACAUUCGAAACCUUCAGGGACCACCAGGAGUCGUUAAAUUCUGUGGACUGGACAGCAGUCAUUGUGGAUGAAGUGCACAAGAUAAAGGAGCUGAAUGCCAAGGCCACGCAGGCCCUCCGGAAGAUUCCUACCCCACGCAGGUUUGGUCUCACUGGCACUGCCCUGCAGAACAAUCUCAAGGAAUUCUUCAGCAUUCUGGACUGGGCGCGGCCUGGUUGCCUAGGGAGACUGCAGGACUUUGAGACUGACUUUGUAAAGCCCAUGGAGUUGGGGCAGAGACAUGAUGCUAACAAGAGGGAGUUGGCUAUGGCACGCAGACAAAAGGAGCGGCUAGCUGAUAUCAGGAAAGGCAUGAUGAUACGAAGGUUAAAGACUCUAAUUUCUGACCAGCUGCCUAAAAAAGAUGACAGUGUGGUGUUCUGUCGCCUGUCUCAGCUGCAGACCAGCAUCUACAAGACCAUCCUGUCACACCCCCACAUGGCCUCAGUACUGCACAGUGAGGACCCUUGUGUGUGUGAUAGCGGCCAGCCACAGGGAAUGUGCUGUAACAAGACUGCUGCAGAUGGCAUCUCAGUGAAGUCACUGAGGUUCACCUUUAUGCACUUGCUACUCAAGACGGCCAAUCACGUAGCUCUCCUCAUUCCGACGCUGAAAACUAGCGAGAGGCAGGUCAAAACGGCACAGGAAAUAUGCAAGAUUGCGUUCAAGAACCACCCCGAGUUUGUGACACAGACUUGUGAAGCUGCGUUCAGGACGCUGUCUGAUCCAAAAUACUGCGGGAAAAUGAAGGUGUUACAAGGGCUAUUGAAUGUGUUCAGCAAAGACUAUAGCAAAGUCCUGAUAUUCUCAUAUGCCACUCAGGUGCUGGAUAUAAUAGAACAGUACCUGAUGAGUACAGGGUACGAGUAUCGCAGGAUAGAUGGCACAGUCUCUUCAAAGAGACGGAUGGUCGUCGUGAGAGAGUUCAACACAGACCCUAACAUCUUCAUCUGCCUAAUCUCCACAAAGGCCGGUGGUCUUGGCCUUAAUCUCACAGGGGCAAACAAGGUAGUGAUAUUUGACCCCAACUGGAACCCCACCCAUGAUCUACAAGCCCAGGACCGGGCAUACAGGAUAGGACAGAGGCGUGAUGUGCAGGUGUACAGGCUCGUUUCAACGGGAACCAUUGAGGAAAACAUGUACCUUAGACAGAUCUAUAAGCAGCAACUGCUCAAUGUGACAGUUGAGGACACGAAUGCCCGCAGGUACUUCUACGCAGUGCAGGGCAGCAAGCACCAGAAGGGGGAGCUGUUUGGAAUCAAGAACAUGUUCUCCCUGCGUACUGGCGAGGCUUGCUUUACAAGGGAUAUUCUCAAGCGCAAUGAGAGGGUUGAGUCAGCUCUUGAAGGCUUUGAGACAGUGCAGUACAUCCCACCUGUGGUCCGAGUGGAAGAUGAUGAGGAAUAUGAGGAUGUCGUUCAUGAUGAGACCUCGCAUGACAACCAGCAACCAGAUCACGAUAUCCUGGCUCAGUUCUUCUCUGAACAAGACUCUGAUGAUGUUAUCGACUAUACAUCUGAUCCUGAUAAUAAAGAUUCAAUUCCAAAUCCUAUUAAUCAGGAAAAAGGGAAAACGAAAUUGCCAACCCAUGCUAAAGAAAAUAAAAGAAAAGCAAUUGAAAUUGACAAUGAAGAAGAGAAUACAGACGAUGAGGAUAAUGAAGAAAAACUUGCGACAUCUUCUAAAACUCAUACAAAAGUUACUUUUGAACAUCGAGUUGGUGGGAAAGUAAAGCCAAACCAGAGUAAAACAGGAAAAGGGCCCUUAAAAAGAAAGGGGCCAGCCCUUUUUGAGGACAAGUUUGAGAAAGAGGAUCACUUUCAGAUUGACCAGACGCUGGCUGGAACAUUUGCAGAUGUCUCUGAUGUGUUUGAUGACUGUGGUGUGGUGCACAUUCACCAGAAUGUCAAGGUGGUGGGGGGCAGUCGAGCGGAAGAUCACAUGACCAAGUGCGCUAUCUCGGACGUCUAUGAGCUGCACCAGAACUCACAGGACCUCGCUGUACAGUGCGAACCCUUGCAAAUGUCCUCAGAUGAUGAGAAAGAUUCAGUGCAGAAAGUUCAAGGUAGAGGUCGGAGAGCAGCAGACGACAUCAAUGCUGUGAGGUCAGAGGUCACCGACACAGCAAAAGUUUUGAUUGGUCAAACACCAAGAGCUUUCAAAAUGAGACAGAUUGAAGAAAUGCGGAAACUCCAUGCCCCUGAUUUGACCAUUCAAGAGUUUGCCACACAAAUCUUGUGUUCAAAUAUUGAGGAAAGAAUGGCAUUGUUGAAACAGUAUUACACACACAUGCAUCCCGAGUUGGAGAAGGUGUUCAAAAAUCCUGUUGGGCAAAGUUCUCAAAAGGUCUCCUCCAAGAAUAGGCCUAACAUUGAAUCUGCAACAGGAGAAGGUAAGAGAAAAGUUUGCAAAACUAACUGCCGAAAUACUGCCAGGAAAUCUUCAACAGAUAUUACCAUUAAUGACACACAAAGAUUGAUGGAAAGAACAAAGAGACCUAAUGUGGCAAGAAAUGUUGGUAUCAAUUAUGCAAAUGAUAAUGAGGAGGAGGAGAAGAACAAAGUUAAGGAAUGUGAAAGUGAUAAAGAAGAAGAGAUGAUUGUAGGAAGAAAUGUAACCCCAAAAAGGAAAGGAAAGGCAAAUGGUGGUAACUCUAGUGUAAAAUCUAGAUCUUAUAAGGAACAUAACUCUGUGAAACCUGGUCCUUCAAAGCAUACACAGAUUGUGCCAACCUAUCUGACCCUUGACAAUGAAGAGAAUGAAGAAGUGAAAAGUCAGGUGUUCAGGAGAAGAAAACAUCUGAUAAAGGCAGGGAGUUCAGAAGAUCCUACAGAAAUACUGGAGCAGCUGGCUAAUCAGAGUGAAGAUCUUGAUAAUGAUGAUGGUCAGUUGGGAGGAAAUAUCAAAGCAGAAAUAACUGCUGCUAGUGUUAAUAAAGAAACAGACACUUCAGUGUUGGAUGAUUUGUUUACAACUUCUUCAGUUUUGAGAAAACCACCUCCAAAGAAGAAAGACAAUAUGUCACCAAACAAAAAGAUCUUAGCAGCAUUGGAAAAUAAGGCAAUAGUUAAUAAACCAGAUCAGUUUGAUCCAUUCAAAGAAGUUGAUGAGAUAUUUACAGGUAGCGAAAGUGGACACUCUAGCAUGGAUUGUGACAUUGGUGUAAAUCUUGAAACCAGCACUCUUAAAGAUGACAAUGUAGACUGUUUUGAUGACCCAAAAUUUAGGAAGAAGAAACUUAAGAAGGAAGUGAUCAACAGAAGAAACAUUGUGGAUCAUUUGAUAGCAGAAAGUGAGGCAGAAUUUGCAGACUUGUUUGCACAAGGGAAAUUAAAAAAGAAAGCUCAAAAUGAAACUCAAAAAUCUGUAAACAGUGUUGAUGGAUCCUUAAGUUUGUUUGAUUGAAAUUGACCUUUAUUUUUAUUAUACUGGUUAAAGAUAUCAGUUUUUAGUUUCAAUAGACUAUGUAUUGGGAGCGAUCAAAAUAUAUGCAAGCGUUUGA